AUGACAGAUUUAAAUAAUUUAACACCUGAAAAGCUCAGAAUGGUUGAUGGUUUAUUUUGUGUAGAUGAACCAAGACUAUCAGAUAUGAAGUCAUGGGAAGGACAAAAAUUUAUACAAUUUACAAAUGAAUCACCUAAUAAUUACAAACCUACUAGUUACAUUCGAGAAGAUCCUAUAGAAUGGCUAGCAAGGCAACCAUUUAAUAUAGAAAACCUCACUAAAAACUCAACAAUUGUUUCUUUCAUUGCUUCUCAUUGGACAUAUUUUCGUAAAGAAUUGAUUUCAAAUCUUCAAGUCUACAUCCCUAUCGCGUCUUUUGGUAAAGUCUACAAGAAUACCAAUUGGAAUAUUCAUCCAGAAUGCUCAAUUUUAGAGGAAAGCACAUCUCAACAUGAAUAUUUUAAAGCAAAGAAUUGUAUUAUCGUAAAAUAUCCUUUUUAUUUAGCUAUUGAGAAUUUACAAGAACAAGAUUAUUCUACAGAAAAACUUUGGGAUGCAUUUAGAUUAGGAAUAAUACCUACUAUAUGA